UUGAACCUCGUGUUUGGCCACACCUGUGGAACGGCUAUCAGCGUCCUGGCAAAAAUGUCUGAAGCGGUUUGCUCGCUGUUGAAGAAAAUCUUGCUACCUGAUACUGAAGCUGUGAAGCAAGGCACAAAUGAACUAACAGCUCUUCUUAAACAAGACAAUGGGGUGUCAGAACUAUGCCAGGUCCUUGGCAACAGCAGCCUGGAGCCAGGACUACGUCAGUGUGCUGCAACCAUGUUACGACGUUACCUCAUGGUUAACAAAAACUGGAAGAAACUUCUUCCAGAAACUUUGCAAGAAUUAAAGAAUGGCCUGGUAAACAUCCUGGGCUCUGAGACUGAUGGUAGUGUACGCACAGCAAUUGCCAUGCUUAUGGGGCUGAUCACACGUAAUACAGAGUGGCCUGAACUGAUGCAGCUCUUUUUCACUCUUGGUGCUUCUGAAGAUCUGGCACAGAAACAGUUGUGCUUGUAUGUGCUGUCAGUGGUGAGUGGUGAGGGCACACUGUCACUGCUAGCCCACUGCUCACCGCUGCUGCAGCUGCUUGACAAAUGCCUGCUGGACCCCACCCUGCCGUCCGUGUCGCUCGGUCACGCCAUCGUCACCGUCGCUCGCCUCAGUGAGCUCAUCAGCAGCCAACAUGCGAGUCAGUUCCAAGGCAUCGUUCACAACAUCAUCACUGUGAGUCAGCGCCUGCUAGCUGAAGAUGAGCAGCCAGUCUGGGAAACCAUCGAGUUGCUGGAAGUUCUUAUUGAAAAUGAGAUCCCCGUGUUGGCGGCCGACCUGCCCAAUACAGUGCAGUUCAUCAUCAGUCUGAGCGUGAACAAGGACCUCACCGACGGCCUCAGAAUCAAAGCCAUCACAUUCCUGGGGCUGGUGACCAGGUGCAAGAAGAAGUAUUUGGUGAAGCACAAGUUGACGAGCCCAAUUGUGUUGUCGCUGUUCUCCAUCUUGUGUGAGGAGGUGCCUGAUGAUCAUCCCUUAGGCAUCCUCAUGGCUGACAAUCCUGAAGUAGCUUUCAACAGCACCGGCGAGGAUGAAGUGAUCCACAGUGCAGCUCAGUCCCUGGACCAGUGCGCGCGACACUUGGCUCCUGACAGACUCCUGCAGCCUCUCAUACCUGCUGUUGAACAGGCACUCCAGUCUCAGGACUUUAAUAAGCUGGUCCGUGACUGCGCUCUGCUGGCGCUGUCACAGUUUGCCGAGUUUCUGCAGCCUGACAUCAGCAAGCAUCACAAUGAACUCCUGCCACUCACCCUCAACCAUCUCGCUGAGGUAUGCAACCGGAGUCAGAACGGCUGCCCUGAUCCCCCUGGUGCCACUCGCCUCUUCUAUGCCGUCGAAGUUUUUUGUGAGAACAUGGAGCAGCAAGACCUCCUGCCCCAUGUUGAGCCUUUACUCCAGCACGUCAUGGCCAUCCUGCAAGUUGAGCGAACGUCUCCCUACAUGAAGAAGAACGCCAUCAGCGUCCUGGGGUCGAUGGCGUUGAGCGUGAAGGAGCACAUGGCCGUACACUUUGAAAAAGUCGUGGCGCUCCUCAAGAUUUACUUGCUGGGCGAGAGUCAGGGCGACUCUACGCCCCUGCAACUGCAGAGCCUCGAGACCUUGGCACAGCUCACGCGCAGCCUCGGCACGCAGCACAUACAGCCUUACGCCAACGACAUCAUCGAACUCGCCAUGGUCUUGCUGCAGAGGUCCAAAGCUAAGGACGACCCUGAGCUGCGCAAGACUUGCUACCGCCUCUUCUCUGCCCUCGCUUCAGUCCUCCAUGAGAAGCUGACGCCUCACUUGCCUCCGUUGGUGGAGAGCAUCCAAGCUUCCCUGCAGUCCAAGCAAGGUGUUGUACCUGUACUCAAGAACGACUCCAAUGAGGCUGUCCUCCAAAGACUAGGAGAACUCGAGUACUCUGAAGGCGAAGAAGAGGAAGACCUUGACGUUGCCGGCUACUCUGUAGAGAAUAUCUUCCUGGAGGAAAAGGAGGACACUUGCGUAGCUCUCAGGGAACUUGCUGAGUCGUGCGGAGAAGGAUUCGUUCCUUUCAUCCCUAGAAUCGCACAGGACGUCUUUGACUUGGUGGCAUACCCCAAUGAAGACGUGAGACAAGCCGCCCUUGUGACCAUGACGCACUUUGUCAUUGCGCUCUCAAAACGCACGUCGGACGAAGGCGUCAAAUGUUUUGAUGAUUGGACGGCUCGCGUUAUGAGCAAACUGAGCGAGGUGAUCCUGAACGAUGAAUACAGCGUUGUGACGUCAGCGUUGGAAGGUUAUUCGGAAUUAUUGGGUGGCGUAGGCGAACGCCUCUUACAGCAGCCACAGCACCUGCCCUCCAUCCUCGCAUCUGUCACUAACGUCUUCACCUGCAAGACGAAGUGCCAGCGGGCGGGCGAUGACGAUGAUGACGACGAUGCGUCCAUGGACGAAGCUGAGAUGGACGAGAUGCUAGUAGAAUAUGCAGGGGAUGUGCUUGAUCCGCUAGGUAAAGUACUAGGACCCGCUCGCUUCUCACAGCACUUCCCAGCCAUUGUGCAGCUCUUCGCCAAGCGCCUGAGACCGAGCAGCAGUGAAUGUGUGCGCUCAUACGUGGUGGGGAAGCUGGCCGAGUGUGUGGAGAUACUAGGGCCCCACUGCGCCCCCUUCAUCCAUGUCCUCAUGCCCAUCUUUGUGGCAGGAGCCCGUGACCUCAGCAGUGGGGAGGUGCGCGGUAACGGCAUUUAUGGUCUAGGGCUUCUCGGCCUUCACGGCGGGGAAAUGGUUUUGCCGCAUCUGCCAGGGGUGCUCAUGUGUCUGUCUGAGGUCAUGGCUGUAGAGAAGGAAGCUCAAGCCAGCGACAAUAUUUGUGGCGCCCUCGCGCGCAUCAUCGCCGCUCACGGUAGAAGUGUACCGAUUCCUACCGUCCUCCCGGCGGUUCUCAACUGCCUGCCGUUGCGCGAAGACUUUGAGGAGAACACGACUGUGUUCAGCACGUUCUCUGCGCUGUAUCAACAACGCGAGCCCACCGUGCUGCUUCAUCUGCCUAUGGUGCUGCGUGCUGCUGCUAUUGUCUAUACGACACCUCAAGCUGACGCUGCAUGUCAGUCUGUCAUAGAGGACUUGGUACGCCGUGUCAAGGCUGAUUCUCCUGAUCAGCUGACAGCAAUGAUCGCUGCCGUGCCAGAACCUGAGCUGCGGCAGCGACUUGAGGCCGCCGCUAAUUCUGCGCCUCCUCCUGACGGUGGUGCUCCCCAACAGUAGUUAACAAAUGACGAUGUUUUACUUUUUCUUAAAUUAAAUGUUUUACUUGUUUAAAUCAUUGCAUAGUAAUCUUCUAAAAUCCCAAUCAUGCGUCCGCCUUCAUUCCUGUUACUUCGAUAUUCUUAUGAAUAUUUUAGCCAGAAAUUAUUUCACUUAAAUUUUCGGUUCUCAGGUCAGUCUUGUGAAUUCGAGCUUAAUUUCAAUCAGCUAUUGUUUGAAGCUUCCUAAUGCCAUCGUUGUAUUUUUUUCAAACAUUGAAAAAAAAAUUCUUUUAUACUGUCCAUUUUGAUUGAAAGCACCAACUGAAUUUCACGUCUUGAAGCUAGUGAUGGAUUACUAUUCUUAUAGCUAUAACUAGUGUCUUCAUUCUUGUUUUUGACACAAUAGUACUUAGUUUGGGAGCGUGACAGAGCAAGAAGGAAAUCUUGCACGCUAAUAUAAAUCUUAUGUCAUGGCUACUCAAUGAAGGAAUAUUUCAUAAUGGACGCAUGAGGAUCCAUCGCACGACAUAAGAGUAGGUAAUUGGUUCCUUGGUUGUAGUUAGAUGUUCGUUUUUUGUGAGGGCAUUGACGUGCACAUUUAUUAAUUCCGGCCUUGGUGAAUCGCUAUAAUUCACGCGUAUCAUUAUGGUGAUGGUGAGAAAAUAGCGAUAAUCUAUGCGCUUGUUGAUAAUGAUCACAUAGAUAUUUUGCUUGGUCUACCCUGGAUCAUGUUUCCUACAAAAUAAAAUUUCGGCCAUGCUCUCUAUGGGGGAAUUCCUUGCUCUAUUUUAACUGUGUAGGUAUGUGGUCACCCAAUCCAUAUGAUGAGUUGUCAACAUCUGUGAGCAUCUAGCAUUGAAAGGGAACCUUAAUUUUAUCACAUCAUAACUUGAUAUGGAACAAGAUUCAAGUCAUGUGAGCAUCAACGUAGUUUCCAGGUCUCGCUGUGAUUUACUGCACGGAAUGUAGGCGAGUGGCCGACCUCCUUUCAUUUGUUAAGUGAUGAAUCGUUGACAUGCCUACGUGCUUUUCACAUGUCCUGUACAUCAACUGCUUGGUAAAUAGAAAUCGCUCUAUCUAUCGGUAACUUACUCACUUUUUAUAUGUAACUUACUACUACUUACUCGCUGAAAAUUGCCUGCGGUGACAAUUUCUCGGCUGGUUGCGCGGGUCGGGCGCUCGCUUGUGGCAGCUCUCACUGAAUAAAUCCGUGUCCUUUACUACGAAGCUUCAGAUGGUAUGGGACACGUUUGGCUGUUAUUAUUUACCUAUUAAGUUUUCACUGAGCUUAUCUUGAAGGAUGCUAGUGUUUUUUACGAAUAUUGUAUGCAAGCUGCUUUUUGUGAUAUCCAUAUGUUAGUUGCUGUUGCUCAGCUUCAAUUGUGCUGACGUGAUUUAAAUUAGCAUGUAAUCUCAUCAUUAUUAUUCUUAUACGACAUAAUUAUUAAGAUGAUCAUGCUUGACAUUUAUAAUUAGAGCUAUCGAAGAUUGUGUGUGGUUAUCACUGAGAGGAAGCUUGACUUAGAUUAUGAUGUGUUCUGCAUACUAUCAGACUAGCAUUAUCAUAACUCAACGAUGUCUACCGAUCAAUGGAAUAGAAUGGUAAUAACUAAAAUUUCCCUUGCCAGACAUGACCAUUGACGGAAAUUUAUUUUUAUUCAAUCUUUAAGGAAUUUGGUUGAAUCGUCUUUCAUUAUUUACUUUUCUGAUCAUCUUUUCACUAUCGAAAUGUGAAGUGAGGAACUCGCUCUGCUUUCAUAAGUGGAUUUGAUUAAAAGAACUUCUUUCCACGCUAAGUCUCGCGCAUUUACCCUCUCUAAACAAUUAUUUGCCUUGAAUACGAGCGAUGGCGGUGGAUAAAAUUAUAUCUAAAAUAAUUUGAAUGAAGGAAAUGUACCAAGUUGUUCAUAUGACGUAGAUUGCUAGUAGCUAUUUUAGCAUGGGUUCCGGGCUGCAUGUUCGUCCUUGCACCGAUCCAUGUGACGGUUAUUAAUGUGUAGUCGAGUAUGGGACGUAGGUUUAGUCAUGGUUUUCUGUCUUUGCGUUUCUUCUC